AUGUCAGCGUAUGACCGUCCUUUGGUAGGCUCUGUGUUUGAGCGGAAGACGCUCCUAACGCCCUCGGCUACAACUGCAAAAUUCGAAGGCUCGAGGGCAACCGGUUUUCCAGAGGUACAACAUCGUUCCAAAAGCGCAUUUUCUCGUGCAAGAGAGAACGCUAAAAAUGGCAAGGAAGGACAUGGUGCAAGGACUCAGGAUGUCCCUCCUGUAAUACCCUCGCGUAUAGCCAAGGGCGAAGCUAGUCAGUCACAAAUCCAGACGGUGGAGACCGGAGAGGAGGCUAUGCGGCGUCAGAUCAGCGAAGAGAAUGAGCGCAGGAUGGCAAGUAUGACAGAAGAGGAGAUAGAUCAGGAGAGAAAGGACAUUGUAGAAAGAUUUGGCAAUGGCGUUGGUGAUUUGCUGAAGAAAGUUAAAGAGGCUAGGGAACGAAGGCCACAGAGUAUGGAGGGUGAUCGCGAGGAGCUCCCCGAAAAAUCUACCGAAGUUGUAUCAAGAAAUUUGGAUAUGAAAAGCGCUACCGAUUCACUCAAGAACGCUGAUUUAAUUCCAUCUAUCAUCAAACCUAAUAUCCAAAGGGCGAAAAGUCUUGAAGCUGUCGGUACUAAGGAGCCACAUUCUAUACUCUUAAAAAGCAGCACUCGUCCGUCUAGCAGGACUGGUCGGUCAAUUCGUUUUGCAGAAGUGACCCCUGAAGAUGUACACGUCUAUGAGUCAGCUCCUGCCUCUCCAAAGCGUAAACCUCUUGCUCUCCCUCCACCCCCAGGUACAUCAAAUGGAGACAUUAUCUCCCUUAGUACUUGGAAAGGAGCAUCACGUAUGAAAUCGACUCAGCCACCGUCCGACUCGACGGAGAGAACAGUGAGUUCUGAAGCACGGAAUCCCGAUAUGGAGGUCGAUCCCGAGGAAGGUACUCCAGAAUACAUCCGGCGGCGCUUUUUCCCCAACGUUCCCGCCCACGAUCCUAGCGUAGCGUGGAUGGAAGCCCUCUCUUCUAAUCCAACAAACAACUCGUCAACAGGCAUCCGUUUCGAUUUGACCGGUACUCCGAUCCCGGAAUCCAUGUCGAUGGCACUGCCCACUCAUCUAGGAUUACACCAUCAUGCAGAUGGCGACCGCGCAGGAUAUACACUUGAUGAUAUAUUUCUACUUUCGCGAUCCAGUAUCCCUGCUCAGCGAGCAACUAUGCUCGGAGUGCUGAGUAAAAUUAUACAGAGAUUGCGACCCAAUAAGGGGAGUAAGGUUAUCAGAAUCCCCGAAUUACAAGGACAGGAGGAUGAUCUUCGAAGGCGAGUCCUGGCAGCAGGACUAGAAGCUAUGGUUGAGCGGGGAAGUGUAGGUGCUAGAGCUGUGGAAGCUAUCUGGCAAUGUGUGGUUAACUGGGACGCAGAUGUUGCAGGCAUCGAAGGAGCUGAAUUACAAUCUUCAAAAACCGAUGCCCCAUCCCUCUUGCAGCAAGAUUUCUUUCUCUCUCAAAUAGCUGAAGCUUUUGCUCAAAUGUCUCUACCCCCAGAGUCCCUUGUGCAACUCCUUGGGAUCGUCCAUCGUUUAGCGCAGCAAUCUAAUAUAAUGGCAGAAACGAUUAUGGCCUCAAAGAAUCUCGUAUCUAAUAUCCUUCAAACAUUCUUGUUGACACCUAUUCCACCCACCAAAACCUCUCCUCUCCCGAACCCUUCUGCACUUCAAUUACUCACCACCCUGGCAAUGGCCUCGCGCUCCAAUGCGUCCGCGCUGACGGAGCCCGCGGAUGCUCUUCUGCGUUUUGUCACCAUUCUACCCACAUCAUCUCCUUUCUCAACUCCACUCGCUGUUUCGCUCCUGACAUCAACCCUAAGGUUCUACACUGUACUUGGUUCAUACGGGAUGUAUGCCCACAUCGCCACAACAGCUGCAGAGCAGUUUGCUGCAGUAGGUUCAUAUGUACUCUCAGAGGCUUGUCAGUCCGAAAGUUUAAUGGAGGCGUGGCUGGGACUAUUAGAAACUUGGUUAGUUUGCGCGACGGAUCCACAUCGGACCACACCGCCUCAUGAGAUUUUGUGGAGUCAAGUUGUGGGCUGGGCAUGGGCGGAUGAUGUAUUAACCCUCAGAGCCAAGCUAACAAGGAGGGAGUCCCACUGGAAGGUAUGGGCUGGUUUGUGGAGAGUUGAAGCCGCGUGGCUGGAGGGUGCGCGGGUCAAUGGAGUCAGAGGCGGCGAAACGGAAAGAGCAGGUAUCCUUGAAGCCAUUGGAAAUGGAUUCGAGGUAGGCUCAGAAAAAGAUAUAGUAGCUGGAGCUCUUAUCGCAUUGCGCACUGAACUCGACCGACUCCACUCUCCCUCGCUGUGGACAGAUUUAGCCUCGGACGUUAUCUCCCACCUCCGUAACUCUGAUUCACAAGCUACCGUUAUCUUCUCCGUCCUCCGUUUAUGGCUUGCUUGCAUGCCGUUGAAUAGAGACACCCCUUUAGAAGCUCCACCGUUCCUACUUCCUUUCUCUGACCUCUCAGCAUUUUGCGCUCUUCUUGUCAAUCACCCGAUAUGGCCCCAUCUCAACACUGAUAACACCAUACCUUACCAAAGUUACCUUAGACCACUAACGAAUGUACUCUACUACUUCUUACGCCUUUCACGACACAUCCCUGGUACCUCACCUGAUUUGUGGGUGGCUCAAGCAUUUUCGAUUACCUGUCGAUUGUUACCAGGAGACGAAGAAAAUGGGCUUCAAGUAACGAAAAGUAUCCUGGCAAUGAUGACCCCAGACUUCUUCAAUGCUGGGGGGAUGGAAGUACCUCCGAUCAUAUGGGAAAAGGGAGGAAUGUCGAUCAUCACUCCAUUCUUGGUUCAUGCUAUUCGAUCCAGUAACGAAGUUUAUGUAGGGCCGAUAUGUCCUUCCCCACAGUCUAUCAUGGGAUCUACGACGCAAAGACUCCUGCACCCAACACUCGACUCCAAACACACACUCCCGCUAUCCUAUAACUGGAUAUUCUCGCCGAUCGAUCACCUCCUACGCUCGGGUACAUCUCCUGUAUUUUCCUCCCUGUCAUCCUCCUGGGAUGCUUCUGAAACUGAUGUCGUUCGUGCCACGCUUCUCCUCACAAAAGUCCUGUGUAACAUCUUACUGCGUCAUCAUCUGCUGGAGUUCGUCCCGACUCGUGCGGAGAUUAUAUUUUCGUGCAUGAAGAUAUUUAUGCUCGAACAUGGACAAACGCAAGAGGGUGAAUUGGAGGAAGUCUUCCGAGAUAGUAUAGUGGAACGAUUCAUGAACGACCUACUCGUUCCUAUCGUUCCUGCUUCUUCAGAUGCAAGGCCUACUAGACAACCAGGAGAGCGUGACGACUUGGAAAAAGUGGCCGCGUCCUUCCUCGGCUCAUCAACUCCCUUCUACCAGUUUUAUACUGAUUUUGUUGCCCUUUAUGACGCCAUUUCAUUUUCCCACCCACUCUUUGCACGACUUCUUUUCCCUCCAACUUCAAUGCUGUACCCGUUGGAUUAUCGUAGACACCUAUGGAUGGACUUUGGUCAUCUAUUGAAGACGAUACGGACACCUACAGCACAGAUGAUCACGUGUAACGUCGAUGAGUAUCUUUGGCCCGUCGAAAGUAAUGGACAGAUGCUCUCUGCGUAUCUGAAGGCACUGGUGAAGUACCCUCUAGACGGAUUUCCCCGGUUUAUUGCCGUGCACCACGUUGCGUGCACUAUUUGGCCCGAUCUGCGUGGUACAGGCGAAAACGAGAAGACAGAGGCCAGCAUAAAUAUGCUCAAGGCUGUUAUCGAACAGGGUAGCGGUUCACUCGUGAAGGAUAUAUUCCGGUAUCGGCAAAGCAGAGGAGAAUGCGUCCUUUUGCCUCCUUAUUGUCUAGAACAAGAUGGCCAGUGGAAAGCCGAUAGGCUUUCAUAUGUUGGUAGGGCAUUGAGCGUAGAUGUGCAAGAACGCAUGAAGGGUGUAUUUGUUUGA